GGGCUAGGGGACGCUGUGCCAUACAUUCAUCCAUUCAUCCAUCGUCUGUGGACACGACUGGACACGUUUUCAAGUCCAUCAGAAAUUCUUGUUCGUGAUUUAGUGAUUUGAAGCGUGACAGCAAGGCCAAAAAAUGGGGAAAGACUACUACAAAACGCUGGGCAUCUCUAAAGGAGCGACUGAAGAUGAUAUAAAAAAGGCGUACAGAAAGCAAGCGUUGAAAUGGCAUCCGGAUAAAAACAAGUCUCCAGCAGCUGAGGAAAAAUUCAAAGAAAUCGCAGAGGCAUAUGAUGUACUGAGUGAUCCGAAGAAACGAGAAAUAUACGAUCAAUAUGGAGAAGAAGGUCUAAAGGGUGGCAAUGGACCAACUGGUGAAGGCCCUGGCAACACUUUCACCUACACCUUUCACGGCGACCCUCACGCCACCUUCGCCACGUUUUUCGGCGGAUCCAACCCUUUCGAGAUGUUCUUCGGACGCAAAACCAACGGCAGGGACGAGGAGGACAUGGAUGUUGACGAUGCUUUUGGCUCUUUCCCUGGUUUCAACAUGAACGGAUUCCCACGCGACGGGCCUCAGCGGAGAAAGCAAGACCCGCCAAUCAUUCAUGAACUGCGCGUCACCUUAGAGGAAGUCUUCCACGGCUGCACCAAGAGAAUGAAAAUCUCCCGGAAGCGCUUAAAUCCCGAUGGGCGGACCAUGCGAACGGAAGAUAAGAUACUCACCAUUGAGAUAAAGCGAGGUUGGAAAGAAGGAACUAAAAUAACGUUCCCGAGAGAGGGGGAUGAGUCACCAAAUACGAUACCAGCUGAUAUAGUGUUUGUGAUCAAAGACAAGCCCCACCCACAUUUCAGACGCGAGGGGUCCAAUAUUGUCUACCCGGUCAAAGUCAGCUUGAGACAGUCUCUUUGUGGCUGCUCGGUCACCGUGUCAACCAUCGAUGGAAAAACGUGCAACAUGAAAAUCACAGACGUCAUCAAACCUGGCAUGAGGCGGACCGUGGCGGGACAGGGCCUCCCUCUGCCCAAGAACCUGGAGCAGAGAGGCGAUCUGGUGGUUGAAUUUGAUGUCAACUUUCCCGAAACUUUACCUAGCAACGCCAAGGAUGUGCUAAAACGCCACUUACCCACAUAGAAACCAAGGACAUGCACAAAAUGAGCCAAAAAUCGCAAAUAUUGGUAGCGGUUUUACAAAGACGUGUAUUUCAAUGACAGUUGGCAGAUGGACCCCCUACAAAUGUGCAAUUUCUAUUUUUAAAAAGUGUUUCUUUGGGAUAAGCAUCGCACAUGCUGCCAAGUGCGAAGCGGUGAAGUCAAGUGGGCUGUUAGAUAGUUGGGCUACAGUAUCCAAAAGAGGACAUUUUUAGAUUGUACACAUGUUUGUUUGCAUUUGAAAAUAUAUAUUAUGGAAUGAGUGUAUAGAUGCCAAAAAUGUGCAAGUAUAAUAUGUACAAAUCAAGCCAGCAUUUACACAGAUAGAGAUUCUUUUAAAUAGGAGGUGUCUCAAGCUUUCACUGGAGUGCGAUGGUACAGGUCAUGGUAGUAAGGUCAGAUUAAAAACAUAUUUUGUAACAUUUUAGGAUCAAAUUUAUUAAUUCUUAGCUCUCUCUGU